AUGAACCAUCUACCGCCUAAUGUCCAUCACACUCUAACAAAGAAAAGUUCCACUAAUUUUAGCGAUGGUCUAUUCGAAGCGCUGAAAGUCCACACGCGAUGCAGUGCCGGUGAACAUUGCGCUCCAGUAUAUCACAAAAUAGACUCUUGGCACCCAGCGAGGCUCUGCUUGAGUGAAGAGUGUCAAAGCGACCCCUCUUUCAACAUCAUUGUUUCUCCUAUGGAAAUGCUAUAUUGGCAGGAAUUUUACCUAAGAAUACAACCAGAAGACCUAGAUAUGGAACAUGGCUCAUCAACAAAAUUGGAACUCUGUAAACUUAUAGAAACGCAGCAGUUUGCCAGAGCAGAGAUUCAAUAUACGCCAUCUAAUGGGCUUUCAGAUCUGCGCAGAAAUCGAGAUAUCGACUUCUUGUCGGCCUCAGGAGAAGGAGAAAAACUUACGACUAUACUUGGUCAAUAUCAACUCACGCCGAGAGAUAAGGUUAUAUUAGGCUAUACCAUUGCACAAGCCUACUACCAAUUUUACGACUCAGAGCUAUUGCGCUCAAAAUGGACCAGUGACAACAUCUGGCUCAUGCCACUGGUUAAUAAAAGAGAUGUACUUCCAUUACGACCUUAUUUAACUUUUCCAUUUGGCACGGCAAGCAAUCCCAAUGAGGACAUUAUCCAAGACGAGCGCUCCCUUCAUCGUCAUCCGCGGAUACUUGCCAUAGGAUUGCUGUUACUUGAGAUUGGUCUAUCCAAACGCUUUCCAGAACAUCCUUCGUUAACUCGAACUGCGCAGAUUAACUUCUCUUUUCAAAUUGCAAAAAGUUAUCUGCAAGAGUUUAAAGCCGUAUCAUGGGAAAACUUUCAGCACAAGUUGAUAUAUGACAACGUGAUCGAAUAUUGUAUUUACGACAUGAAGGGAAGCGAGAACUCUAACAGACUAAUUCAAGGCGGUGGCGCCUGGGGAAAGUCCUUAAAGAUAGGACCAGACACGAAUGGAAAGCAGAGGCGAAAAAAUGCUUUUUACAAGAAAGUUGUUGUUCCGCUCCAAUGGCUUGCCGAAAGGGGAUUCGAGCAUCAUGUGGGAAAGACGAUUUACAUUCAGAAAACUGCCACCCAGCUGCCCAAUUCGAAUCUUACCAAUACAUUGGGCCGACUCAUGGCGUCUUUCGAUAAUGAGAGAAACAUGAGUUCCAGCAUGUGGCUACGAGAUAUGGAGACAAUCGGACAGAUGGUUGAGCUCCAAAGACGCAACUUCAGGGUUUCAACGCGUAUUCGUAUUGCAAUACUUGAUACAGGUUUCGAUCAUGAAGAUGAUAACUACGAUGAAUAUGAAGAACGCAUUAAAAAAACAAAGGAUUUUACCAAAUCUGCAGCUCAGUCAGAGGUUGAAGACGUAUUUGGCCAUGGAACACUUAUGGCUAAACUGAUUAUGGAUUGCGCCCCUUCCGCAGAUAUCAUUAUAGCACGUGUAGCAAAAAGUACAACAGAGCUCGAGGCAAGCAAGAACAAUAUUUGCGAGGCCAUUGAGUGGGCAGGUAUUGCCUGCAAAGCUGACAUUAUAUCUAUGGCCUUUGGGUUUCCACGAGAUGACAAAGGCAUAGCUAUGGCCAUUGAGAAAGUUCACUCAAUGCGGCGUGGAAAUAUCAUCUUCUUGUCUAGCGCUGGUAACUCACCACAUGAAGACGAAAAUUUCCCUGCCCGUCAUCGUUUAGUUAUUCCAGUCUAUGCAACAAACCGCUAUGGCUCAUUUCUUGAGAUCAACCCCAGACUUCGCGAUGAUUCACGUACCGUUCUGGGCUUGUACGGGGCUGAUUUGCCUAAUAAUUUAUACACUGGCCUCAAUAAGAAGUUCUCGAAAGUGUGUCAACCCGGGUCUUCGAUAGCCACGGCAAUAGGAACAAGCGUCGGUGCCAUCAUAUUGGCUUACGCUACUGUACUGCCUCACUUGGCAAGUGAUGAAUUAGCAGCUGAAUCUUCCUUUUCUAUCUUGAAAUUACUAUGGACGGGUGAAGGGAUGGGCGCCAUGUUCAAAGAGAUGGCUAGGAAUAAACAAGGCCGCCAGUGGUUUGUUGAUCUAAUUGCAUUUUGGAGGGACACUAAGAAUACCAAUGCUGCGAAAAAUAGCACCGCGAGCGAUAUUAACAGAUUCCAUCGAAUUCAUGGGUCUCUACAGCCCGUUCAGCGCGCAUCAGGCCGAACAUAG